CUUCAGAGUCAGACAACCUUGCUUUCUGUUUUGUUUAAAACUGGCGUGUUGUUGACUAAGGACUGGCUUUGAAUUACUUGUAAUGAGUUGUGAUUAAUGCUAAUUUUACCAGGUAUGUACUUUACAUACCCUGUUUACUGUAACGGUUCUUAAUCAUCUACAUAUAGUCCGAUUAGCGCAUUUAAGUAGUGGUUCGAAAUAAUUUAACUUGGUAACUAAUUAUAUCGUGUACAGGCUAAAUUUAGCUUGUAUGUUCAUACAGUAUCCACUUUCAUUCUCGACAUCAUUUUGUAAGAGUUACAUCUUUGUUCUAAAUUUGAGGUAUAAUAUGAAGUGAAAGUCAUACGAAAGCUCACUAGCUAGCUUAACGCCUGAUAGAAACUGGCAGUGGUUUUAAUAGUGAGUGAUGUUCAUGUUUACUAACCAUACGUCAUGAAUGCUAAGUCACAAACCGUAUUAGUGUACGACCCUGUCUAAAGUGGAGUUUUACUGGAAAACCUUUGUGAAUAAAGUGUUUGGAAUCGGGUCUCACUAUUUCUGGGAGGUGCUCGAAACUCAGGGUUUUGUAGAAACAUAUUGAUAUAUCUUCAUUUAAGACUUAAGAAUUCGAUUCACUCUCCAUCUGUUUUCCAUCAUAGAUGUGUUUACAUGAAUCUUCCUCUAUUGAAUUGUAUUGAAAUAUUUACAAAUUCCUCAGGACGAAAACUUCAUAAUAUUAACUAACAAGGUUCUUGACAUUAAUUUAUAGUAAAAAAUCACUUCAGUUCUGAGUGUUAUUAUUUUCAUAACAAUCUUGCUAAACAAUUACCUACCUUGUAAUGUGUUUCGUAUUUUAUCCUAAGCAAACAUCUGAAAACAUCGUAAAUACAUGUACCAUUAAUGUUACGAAAUGUAGACUAAUAGGUUGUGCUCUAGACGAUAAUCGUAACCAGUCUAAAGAUUUUAAUCAAGAUGAACUGUAGUCUCACCGGCGUAGCUGCAUUCAUUCCUCAGCCUUCGACCCCAAUUUUCAACACUAUUUUUGAUUAGAUUCUCCUUUGUCAUUUUUCAAACUACAUUCGUCUUGUUAAUUUUUUCUUGCUCCUCUUGGUAUCACUACAGUUUCGACUCCUUUGAUAUUUCACCCCUGUAGAACGUACUAUAACUUAAGGUGAUGCCCAUUUGUUUCAAGUUAUAUGUUGAUUAUAGCUAACUAAUUCCAAAAUACUUACCCAAGUAUUGUCAAACAUGAAUUCCCGGCCACUUUUUGUAUUCUCUGUACAUAUUAACUCGGGCCGAUGCCCAUGCGUCAGUUCUGUGCUGCUUAAGACUGAUUAUCUGUACAUAAUUGCACAAUAUGUUGUUAGCAUAUUCAAAGUAUCAAGCCUAGAUUUAAAUGUGUACAGAUCUGAUCAAUUUGUAUAACCUUAGUCUAACGUCAGAAAAAUUCGGAAUAAUUAGUAUUCCAUAUAUUUUCUAUCUAAAUGAUCAAUUAUAUUGACUUAGUGGGAGUGUCUUCUAAGGUUUCCCUUUCUUAACAGGCAUCAAAAUAUCCUUGAAGUUAUAUUACUCAUUGCCGGGCAAAAGCGCGCAAACAUUAAAUUAAAAAUGAUUUGCUGAAAAAUGCUCACGAAUUAAAUUAUUCUCGACGGUGAAUAAUAUCCAGUGAUCCAUUCCGUCUUCUAUAUCUACAUUAUGCCUGAUAUUGAAAGCUAAUCAUAUUCAGCUAGGUUAAAUUGGUUAAAAUACUCGACGUAUUCGCUUUCACAAUUAGCCACUAAAACGUAAUUAUGCCACGAUAACGUUAAAUUCAUAUACAAUGAUAAGCGGUUGAUUGGCACAACCCGAUAGUUAUCAUUUACAACCUAGUUCAAGUCCUCAUUUAGGCAACUGUUAUAAUCGUCUAGAGCUCUUAGUACAAUAUUUAGACAGUAUAACUGAACACUUGCCACGAACUGAGAUUAAAUCGUUGUACAAUCCUCAGCUAGCAGAUAUCCUGAAAAAUACCCAGUUUUUAAAAGUGUUACGAGUCACCAGACUAGUUUCUUGAUCUUUUAAUCAGUUCAUGCAACAUUAUAGUUGAAAUUCGACUGAGUUGCUUAGGUAUUUUAUUUUAUUUAUUCAAACGCAAAUAUUGGUACAAAAUGACACCGAAUACAUAUACACCACACAAGUCACUUAGAAAGAUAUAGAGGUUAGUGUUCUAUAAUUUUGACAAAACGAUCGAUGCGCUGUCUUUAAGGAGAACCGUAUUGACGUUUGUGACAACCACUAGAGUUCAAUUUUCCCGUUAAUUGCGUUUAGAAUACUGGAUUUCAUAGUACUAUCCAUAAUGUCAAGAAUCCAAAAUGACUGGAUCCUAACAAGAAAAUCGUUCUUCGUCCAAGUUAUGAGUGUAAUAACACAUUCAUUAGCAAAACCUUGAACACUUACACGCAUUUCACCUCGUUGGAUAUGACUAUACUCUGGGAUCGUCUUUUGAAAAAGCGUUCCUAAGAAGUCCUUCAGUAUCCUUCGACAUGCCUACACGAAAACUUCAUAGAAUAAGAAUAUCAAAUCUCCCAUUACCCCCAAAUGCCCUGGUAUGGCCGAGAGUGGGGAGAGUCAGUACCCCCUCUCAAAAUGUUCUCAAGUGGCCACGUGUAUACAACCACUUCUAGGGAAGUCCUACUCAAUGUCUUCUCGUGGCGGGAGUGUUGUUUACAAAAUUGAAAGGACGAAAAGCAAAUAUCCGGCACCUUAACCGGGUUGAUAGACACGGAGAGUCCACCUAGGGGAGUUGGAAAACCCUGAUUACAAACUAAUGGUGUACAUGGGCUCCAGGAUCCUAAGGAAACAAAUAGCGUAUGAACCAAUUGUUGGUCAACACCUACCAUGGGACUGCAUCCCCCUACGUUGCUUCACUGCCUUGUGGAUUAGACGUUUAGUUCCAAGGCUCGAAGUGUGGCCCCCUAACAAAACCACCUGCUUCAGUUUGGUCACCCGGGCAGUAUCCCAGACCUCACACAAAUCGAAUGAUUUAUGUGGUGCAUAUCUAUUCGGUGCCUUCUUGUAUCAAUGUUUGUGUUUAAAUAAAGUACCCCAAGAUUAAUAGUCAUUGGUUAUCAAUGUAGCGUUUACCAAGUACAUGUUUGUGUGCUCAAAAUCAUCCUGAUAGUAUGAAGGCUAGCAACACUUUUUGACUGCUGAACCCAAGUCGACGUUCCAGUGUUCGGACUUGCAAAUUUAUGGUCUAGAGUUGAGUGCUUUAAUAACUAAUCCCGCUCUCAACUAUCAGUAGGCUUUGGUUAAUUCUCCACUCUCCUUUAGUUUUAUCAUCAAUGAAAUUAUAUAAACAACUGUAAAUUUUUCAACUUUAAAUAAGCGGAUGGCAAUCUUACUGUGGGCUAAUAGAUUAGCCACCCCUAAUGGCACUUAAUUAGCGAUCCCCCUCCCCAAAGUCCGAUCUUAUAAAUUGAUAAGCUGUUAAAAGUGAUCAGAAGGCUCGUCUGUGUUCUUGAAUAGGUGUCUUCGAAAUAUUGCUCGUAUAUCGUGGGACCAUCGAGUUUUUGCUAUUGUGAAUACGCCUACCAGCCAUAUCUGGGAUUAGAUGAUUCGUCUUGGUUUUCCCUAUCCGAUUAUCCUGGGCGUUAUUUUGUUCGUUAAUGCUUACAGAAUCCCAUAGAAGUUUCGUGUGACAGCGUGCAUGUCUCUUAAUCCUGAUCAACUGGAUCUUGUACCUGAUGAUCUACUUAAUGAUCAAGUCCAAGUAGAAACGGUUCAUCAAGUUUCAUACAAUAACAAUAAUAAUAAUAAUAAUAAUAAUAAUAAUAAUAAUAAUCGAAGUAACCUGGAUGCAUUAGGAAUGGCCGCUGGAGUGUCACCUUACGGGACAAAUAACCCAUCUGCAAUGUCUGCAGCAGCAGCAGCAGCUCUUUUAAUACAAGCUGCAGCUGUAAAUGAAUCACCAUCUAAUAAUGUAACUUUUUCCGGAAGACGUUGUUCAACUUCAAGCCUUCUAGAAUCACCACAACCAUCUCCUUUAUCUUCAUCUAUGAUUUCAGUAGCUGCACAACAAGCUGCCUUAGCUGCUGCUCAAGCUAUUGCCAGUCCUCGAUCUCCAUCAGCUAGUUCUAGCACAUCUAAUUUUCAGGCGGCGGUGUUAUCAUUGGCUUUAGCUGCUUCAUCCACGUGUACAACAAUUAGCAAUUCUUCUAGUUCCGAACUUCGUGAAUGCCAACGUUCAUUACUUGGUCAUUCUGCUAUGAACGAUCUUAUCUCCCUUUCUGAACAACAUCCAAAAUUACUAACUGCACAUUCUACACUAGCAUCUGUGUUUAGAAGACGUUCUUCAACACUUGCUCCUCCAUGUUUCACUAAUGCACUUAAUCCAGUGUGUAUGGAUGUUGCACCUAGGCAUGAAUUAAAAAGUGCUCCCAGUGAGGAACCACAGUUAUUGUCUUUUUUGCCUUCAAACGUAACGUCUACUUUUGAUCUGGGAAAUUCUCAGCUCCUCAAUAGUCAGGUUAGUUUACAGUAUGGAGAAUGACUGACUAGUUACUUGACUACAGCCUAAUUGCUUACUUGUUAUGUAAUAUAGACUACUUAGAACUUUGAAUGCGUUUGGUUGAAACUCCUUCUUGUGUUGUCAUUUUUAGUAGCAAGUAAAGACGGGGCUCGUUAUCUGUUUUACUAAACUCCAAGACGUGACAUUUUGUGAUAUCGAAUUGCAUCUAGGAGAGCUCCUUUAUCAACUUACUCGUAUACCUAAAAAUAAUUGACCAUGGUUCUUACACGAAAAAUAUUCCUUGAUUUCUCUCUAUUGGUUUUUCAUCUUGUGAAAACACAAUUUUCUUGAUCUCUAUUAGUUCUAUUCACGUAUAUAUAUACAGCUAGUCAGUUACUUUACCCUUACAUAUUUUUAACUGUUGAAUCUUUCUUCUUCUAUUACCCAGCUAUCACCAUUACUUAAGUGCCGAUUCUGUAUUUGUCUAGCUGAUUGAAGUCAAAACAGUAAAAUAUAUAUAAUGUAGAUAACCUUAAGUAAAGGCAUUAAGUAAUGUAAUGUACAUUAUAGGCACGUUCUCUGCUCAUAUUUUGUUUUGUCCUAGUCGAUAUUAAAGGUAAUGAAGAUGAAGUGUUUUUUCACCAGGUUCAAAUUUCUCCAUUUUUUUCUUCCCUGUAUUGACUGACUCGAUUUUUAUGGUCUACAAAAAGUCAUUCCAUAUUAAUUUACUAGCAUUCAGUCCUCAUUGUCUCUAAGAUGACUAGACUAUGAGGAUUAGUUAACUGUUAUCAAAGCUUUAAACGACUUCGUCAAGAAAUCGGUACUAUCUAUCUACCAAACUUGUCCAAUUUUAACUACACGAAUUGGCGCAGUUAUGUAAAGUUUCAACACAGGAAAGAACUUGUAGGCCUAAAACGCUGGAAGAAUAUCUAAAUAAAUAAAUGUAGUCUCUUCCUUAACGAGUUUAUUCCCUUCUUUUCGUGGUUAAUUUUUAAGGCCCUAUAGCAUCUCCCACUAUUUUAUUGUUAUAUGCUAACUGUGUACACUGUUGUAGGCAUAAUUUUUAUUUAUUUAAACACAUAAACAUUGAUACAAGAAGGCACCGAAUAGAUAUGCACCACAUAAAUCAUUCGAUUUGUGUGAGGUCUGGGAUACUGCCCGGGUGACCAAACUGAAGCAGGUGGUUUUGUUAGGGGGCCACACUUCGAGCCUUGGAACUAAACGUCUAAUCCACAAGGCAGUGAAGCAACGUAGGGGGAUGCAGUCCCAUGGUAGGUGUUGACCAACAAUUGGUUCAUACGCUAUUUGUUUCCUUAGGAUCCUGGAGCCCAUGUACACCAUUAGUUUGUAAUCAGGGUUUUCCAACUCCCCUAGGUGGACUCUCCGUGUCUAUCAACCCGGUUAAGGUGCCGGAUAUUUGCUUUUCGUCCUUUCAAUUUUGUAAACAACACUCCCGCCACGAGAAGACAUUGAGUAGGACUUCCCUAGAAGUGGUUGUAUACACGUGGCCACUUGAGAACAUUUUGAGAGGGGGUACUGACUCUCCCCACUCUCGGCCAUACCAGGGCAUUUGGGGCCGUAUACCGUCGGACUAUUUAGACUCGUUUAGUAGAUGCCAAAGCAAUCUCACACUAACGUCACUCGUUAUGCUUACCGUCAAGGUGGACUUAAAGUAACCUAUAGAUUGCCUUUUUCUACUUACAUGCAACUUAGUGUUCCGGGUACCUGUACGGUUUCAAAUUAAAACUAAUCGGUAUCGAGUAGUAUAUUGCACAGUGAAAUGUCAUCCAGCCUAAUGAGUCAGUGGGUUUAUAUUCGGAACCUUUAAUUGCUGAUUGUUUACUUCGUCUACUACUAUUUCACCAACCCUCAAGGAAAAUGUGUGGCUUUAAAGUUUUUCAUAAAAUCCAGCUUCAUUGCAUUUAUCAGAAAUUUUAUGUGUUUGUGAGUUGAUGUCUGACAAAUGCAGCACUCUCAGCUUGCAUCAGAUGUAGUUUAAGUGUGCUAUCUGUAUGCUGCACCAAGUUCUACUGUGUAUUAUUUUCUGUCUGUAGAACUUGGUAUUUGAAGGUCUAAAAAAAUAAGCGUAGGCUAUUGCCACGUAUUCUUUUUGAUAAUUGUUUGCAUAUGUUGAAACCACUGAGUGAGCGAUGAAAAUGUUAGACUUGGAUUACUGUGUAAAGGGAAUUAAUGAUUAAUGGGGUUGUCGGCAUAUUCUUUAUGCGUGUUCAAAUACCGCUUCUCAUUUGGGUGCGCUAUACUUGUUAACAUUAAGUAUUAAGAAUAAGUACCAAUAUGGAUGAAGAGUUAAAUUAAAGAAAUACUUAACAUUUAAGUUUUCUUUAACAAAUUCCCUUUGACUGUAAAUGUACUGUCGUACCGAUUCUGUGUCCACAUUUCAACUACAAGUAUGCGAUGUGUGAGAGAAAUCACUCGAUAUUAUGAAUUCCAUCCGCUUACCUACAAUUUUUGCCAAUCUUUCCACCUAUAAAUCAUAACAUCAUUUAAUAUGGUAGCCUCUUAUACUUUCCCACUAUUUUUAGCUAUUUACCAUAAUACUAAGACCCAAUAAAUUGAGUUUUAUGGUUCCCCGAGUUUCUACAUUAAAUUAUGUUAUUUUAGUAUUCCCUAUCUCAAAGCUUUCAUUAAUUCCAGCCCUAAUUUUACACUGGUCUUUCCUUGUUUCAGCAAUCAACUCUUCCAGAUUACCCUGAAGGUUUUUCUUUAACCCGUGAGUCAACAUCUAUUUCAACUUCUUUUCUGAACGAUAAUUGUAUCGAACAACGUAAUCGUUCAGAUGAAUCUUAUUUAAUGGAUAUUAAUUCAGAAGGUCCGGCUAAAAUUACACGGCAUUAUUUAUCUACUUUAGAUCCUGAUGAAAAUGUAGAUAACUCCCGAAACUCUUCCAGUGUACCACAUAGAGGUUAUGAAGAUCCUAAUUUCCAACCUUUUUACAAAACAUCACCAAAGUAUGAUUCGCAUCUGGUACAUCCAUUAGGUGUUCACCCAUCAUUUGAUAGAAAUUCUAAUAAAUGUAAUACAAGAUAUUUUUCUCCUACACAUACAUCAGUUUCAAGUGAACUUGCAUUGGCCACAUGUCCUCCAACUUCACCACUAAGUUGUUCCUCAUUAUCUAAUUCAGCAACUCCCCAGUUGAAUAUUUCUCCAUUAAAUGUUGAAUGUAGAGUUAAGAAUCCACCAAUGGAUGAUUUGAGUGGAGCUAAUUCCAGAUCAUCGGUUUCCUGCAGGUCAUUAAGAACUAACUGUGGGACAGAGUGUGAUUUUAAAACUGAUGAACCAAACCGUAAACGCGAACAACGUCUCUUAAAAAACAGGUAUUUAUGUAUUCAUUUUUACAGUAUGUUAGUAAUGUUAUUUCAUUUUCAAUCCGAUUUAAACAAGUUAAAUUUUUAAUAUCAUAUGGCCAUUAAUUAGUUGUCAUAAAUCAUAUUGACUUAUAAUACAACAUUCAUGAGUUUCCCUCUUUGCAGAAGUGUUACUGGCUCAUAUUAAGAUUUCCGCCUCAAAAUGUUGAUGUACUUUGGUGAUGUUAUAUGAUCUCAAAGUACGACUCAUGAGUAUUAUUAUUACAGUUCCUUAAACUGGAAAUUUCUACUACUGAGUGUAUAUUUUAUGAAUUACUUCUUUUUACCACUGCUGUAGCGCUGAUUGACUUCGCUUACCUAGUAUGGUUUAAAUUAAUGGUAAGACGAAUGUAUAAUAUGUUUUUGACUAUUCGACCAAGCAAUAGAUUAAGCUCAAACUAAUUAUGACUGACAGAAUUAAUAAUUUAAUCUUUAGAUUUGUAACUCUUACGAUUCCAUUUCCCUAAUUGGUUUCUUACAAUAUUAUUGUUUGGAAUUUGUUUCUGGUCGGGUGUCUUUUUUUACCUACGUUCUAACAUUGUUAAGAAUCAAUCUCAGAUGAUUUGUGAAUACAGUUUCAUGAUCAUUUAUGAGACAGUGAUGUCACCGAUGUAAGAUCAGAAGCCUUAACCAUAAUUACUAAUCUGUAUUUCUUUCGUUAGUCAUCUGCACUUUAUCUCACUUUGCUGACGUAAAGUUUGGCUACUCAGACCACCUUAAUUUCAAGCUGGAAUCUGACUUGUUUCGACCAUUUAACUGGCCACUGUUCACUCUGUAAAACGUCUGAUCGGUAAGACCAGCUCUAACACGGUUGUUGAAGCACACCCUUAACAUCGUUAAUGUUGGCUCAUCUUAUAUUAUUGGUCAAUUAGGCUUGGCUCGAUACUUGAAAAUAGGUCCAAAGCACAUCCCUUUAUUUGAUAUUUCUGUUAAAACAUCGGUUAGUUUUCUACCUCGUUUAGGAACUUUAGUUGUAGUUGAUAUUAUGACGAUGACUAUUUGAUUUACGAUGGCAACGGUGAUGACGUAAUGGUUAUUUCUAAAUAGACUAGUGAUUAAAUUGAAAUAGGGGAAUAUCAUAUACUCAGUCAUUGUCCUCAUUAGUGUAAUGUGAUUAUCGAUGUAUUGAUAAUUUAAUCCCACUGUGUUUGAUAGACUUCUCAAUCAUCUAUACAUUAGGAAACAGUCAAAAGAGUUUGCUUUUAAUUAUUUUCUGAGCUGUAUUACUAAGCCUGUUUAUUAUAAAUGUCAACGGUGUUUUCUCUUUUUUAUUUUAGAGAAGCUGCAAGGGAAUGUCGUAGAAAAAAGAAAGAAUAUGUAAAGUGUCUAGAAGCUCGAGUUAGUCUUUUAGAAAGUCAAAAUCAACAGCUGAUUGAAGAGCUUCAAAAAGUUAAAGCGCUUUGCUUUAAGGAGUUAUGCGGUUUAGGAUUAAAUAGUUCCACAGCUGCAUGCGCCGCAGCUGUUUUAGCUGCCGUGACCUCAGUGUCUGCUAACUACUCAGGUUCAGAUGCUGCAGAUGCUUCUGGAUUAGAUUCAACUGCCCGAUUUUCUUCGGAAUCUGAUCGUAAUAUAUGUGAAAGAUCCACUGAAGUGCAUCAUAUGGCUUCUGAAUUCGGAGAUGUACAACAACUUCAUGAUUGUCCACGCUCAACUCGUCAACGCAGACGUUCUGUGUUCACUGCACCUAAACUAUCACCGUAUUCAAAUCAGGCUACAUGGUUAGGGGCGUAUUCCUUGAAGUGUUCCGAACCCUCUUCAAAUGUGACUUGUGGUACCAAUCACGUAAAUCGUUCUUCUUUUGAUGAAUCGCCAUCACAUUCAUGUGUACCACAAUUGCAUGACACAAAAGGUGACUGCGCAAAUAACCCUGUUACCAUCUCCUAUACGUCUCCGGUUAAUCCGGAUACAAUUAGUCCUCAUUCGGGUGAACAUUUACAACUUCAUUGCACUGAAUCGCACUCACUUUUAGUAGAAAGUAAAGUGGACAGCAAUCGAUUACCACAGGAUUCAACACAUGAAAUGUCUAGUGAGUUACAAAGUUGGAAAUCACCCCAGUACCAUAACUAUGGUAAUCCCUACCAACAUCCUCGGUACGCGGCUAAAAGAGCUUAUCGCAAUGUGAUAUUUAAUUCUUCCAAUACAAGUAGCGAGUCUGAAAAAAAACCAGAUCCCGUUGAUGAUAAACGUCUUUGUGAACCAGGAGCUAACGUCGAUGCUGUGACUGGUGCUGCAGUGAUUUUAGCUGCUGCAGCUGCUAUGGUCGCAGAAUCUGAAUCUUCUGCACCGGAAUCUAGACUGUCCGUCUAAACAUCCAUAUAUAUAUAUAUAUAUAUAUAUAUAUAUAUAUAUAUAUAUAUAUAUAUAAUAUUUAGCAGAUCAUAUUACUUACGAACAUCUACCUGCGUCUUUCUCAACGAAUAGGUUCCAAUAAGUAAAUUUUUAAGUGAUUAUCUUUUGAAAUAUUCUAGGAGCAGCAAAUAAUAGUUUCUUGAACUGUUAAUUUCUGAAGCCAUUGAAACCACUGAGUUUAUGCUUUUUCUGCGUUCACUGUCUUCCUUUAAUUUGCCUUUCUUACUUUAUAUGGUCUGCUUUUCCUACUGUGCAAGCUUUCCAAAUUGUGAAAAAUCAUUCCCCCGGCUGAUUGAUUCUUGUUAACUUUUUGCGAGACAUAAACUUACUUAUUCUCUGGAAUGUAACAUCAUCGUUAGUUGUUGAAAAAUUCAUUUGUGCCGUUCGCUUUAUCUUCUUUCAUCAUAAAAAAAGACUACAUCACAAAUCCAGAUUCUGUAAUCAUGUAUAUUUUGCAAACUCUAUUCACCCUCACCCCCUCUAUUUCUAUUAUCAACAGUCACAUUGAAAGAUAUAGAGUUAUUUCUUACUUGUUUCGUUAUUAUAUUCUCAAGCGCCUGUGCAUCAUUUCUUUUGUUAUCCUUUUUCUUGUGUUUGUUUACUUCAGGUGUAGCAUCUCGAUGUCUUUCGUAUCAUUUGUUGUUUUUUCUUAAUUCAUUUCUUGCUUCAAGACGUUCUGUUUGGUUGAUAAUUUGCUGGCUAUGAUUGUAGUGUAGUCUAUGCACCACAUUUCCUUGCCUCGUCAUCUUCUUGUCCUAGCGCCCACGGUGUGUUUACGUGUCUGUGUACGUGUACAUAUAGCUGUAGUUAGACAGUUUUUAUUAUCCGGUUUUUUAAAUUCAAUUCUGCUUUCAUUUUUAUCAAAAGCGCCAUUUUCGUCACUACUAAACAUUCUUUCUUUCACAUACAUUGCUUUUGUGAGUACAUAUUUUAUUAUGAUUUUCAUAUAUAGGCUAGUUAAAAAUUGACGUUAGCAUAAUAUUUGAAGUUUGACAAAUCUCGUAUUUAUUAAUUUCACUUCCUAGAUUUUUCUGAUUCCUAUUGAAUCCAUCAAACCCGAAAUUUGGUUUAUUAUAUGGGGAAAUAGUUCACCAAGUUUAUUAUGUAACUCCAAUAAUCCUUGCAUGCUAAUUUCUAAAGGGUCGUUCAAGUUUAUAAUGUACGUUUUAAGGGAAUGUGAUCAGCUACCAUUUCGAGAGCUGUUUGUUAUUAUUGCUAUUAUAGUCAAUUAUUACUAGAUAUUCACGAAGUCAAUCCCAUGACUGUAACGACCAGUCAUGCAGUUAAGAAAACUGAAGUUAUGCUAUUAAUAAUUACCAUUUAUCCUUGAGUAACUGUCACAUCCCUUCCGUACAUUGCGAUGAGUUCAGUUUAGUGAAUUUCAAUUUAACACUAACAUUUGCUUACCAUGCCCUAAUGCGAAUGCGUCGUUCGGUAACAAUUCACUAAAAGUCGUCAAGAUUUAUAUGUGAGUGAUUGGAGAAGUAGAAAUAGUUUCGUACAGAACAUUUGCACCAGAUUUAUCCAUACUUGAGUUCAAACUUCACUAUACUAGAUUGAUGAUCACAUAAUAUGCUUAUCUUCUAAGCUCUAAUCAAUUCCCAUAUCCAAGCAUAACGACGUAUUUAUUAGGUCUAGUCUAAUUAUAUAUAUAAAGGAUGUUGGAACGCAGCUGAAGUUUCUGGUAAAGUUUACACAUCCACUCUUUGAAUCUACGGAUAAGAAAAUAAUAUGCAGAAUGUUUCUUUAUCCAAAAAAGAACGAGAUAUCGCCAGGUUUUAUAAUGGUGUAACCAUUAUACAGAGAAAAAUUUCAGAACUUUAUAUUUUGGUGCAACGAAAACAUGAUCACUGUAGAUAAAAAUGUAUGUAUCCUGUUUUUGUUUUGUUCUUUACAAUGUGAGAAAUGUUUUGGAUAAACAUUCUUUUUUAUUAUUUUGCUAAAAAAAUAACAGUUGGAAGGCAUAUUUUUCGAUAUGUAAUGUUUUCCUCAAAAUUGCGUAGGCAACCAGCAUUUUUCAUUAUAUAUAUUUAUGGUUAGUGAGAUAUAUGUUUGUUUUUGACUUGACCAACUUCUUACCAUCUAAUAAAAAUAUUUUUCGUAACGAAUUAUUCUAAGUGAUAAUACUGCGCAAAUUUCUGUCUGUAUAGACAAGCGGUUCUUGUUCAUUCGCGUUUUCUAAAUAUUUCUGUAACAAUAUAAAUUAACCUUAUUUAUCAUCCAAAAUUGUUUCCAGUAUAAUUCUACAAUCAUACCUGCAAAAGAUUUACUUAAAUUCCUAUUAAGCAUCACAUCUUUCUGGUUAUCUGAUUCUAAAUUAAAAUUAUACGGUCUAAACUUAGAUCUUACGUAGCUUCGUACUUACAAAUUGCCAAAAAACCGUACUAACUUUCAUCAUAGUAAACCAGUGCCUACUGACUAUGCAUAGGCAAUGAAGUACAUAUGCAGUGAAUGUUAGUUGCACAGUAUUAUGAAUUGACUGAAGCUAGGAGAGUGAACCAAUGGUAUGUCAACUUAGUUGUCUGUAGGUUAAGGACUCGACAAAACCUGAUGGUCAUGUAUUCAAUUUUCCAAGAGAUCGUGAAUCCACAUUGAUAAGAACUCAUAUUGGGACGAAAUAUCUGUUCUUUACUUCCUUGUGUCCUAUGUUUGUCUGAUUGGACUCAAUCUGUGAUGUAAAACUUCAUAAAAUACUAGGGGAAAGAUAUUUACAUUUGGAAAUAUUAGUAGCUGUAAAUGUAGUUUGACUGAAUUCACCAUUGAUCUUCCAGGGAUUACUUCUGACGUAAUCAUCAGUGAGGAAUUUAUGCAGAAAUUCCAAGAACUAUCUUGUCGUAUUUUUUUCUCAAUAGGAGCUAAUAACGAUAACUAAAUAGUUAGCCCCCAAAUGCUCUGGUAUGGCCGAGAGUGGGGUGGGCCCUUCCUCUCGAAAUGUUCUCGCACGGCCACGCGUAUACAGCCUCUGCCAGGGAAGUCCUACUCACUGCCUUCUCGUGGCGGGGGUGUUGUUUACGAAAAUGAGAGGACGGAAAGCGAAUGUCCGGCGCUUUAACCGGAUCCCGAACCAAUGGUACACAUGGGCUCCAGUAUCCUGCGGGAACAAAUGGCGUAUGAACCAAUCGUUAGUCACCGGCUACCAUGGGAUUGCAUCUCCUUACGAUGCUCCACUGCCUUAUGGAUCAGACCUUUAGGUCAAAGGCUCGGAGUGUGGCCCCCUAAGAUAACCACCUACUUCGGUCUGAGCACCCGGGCAGUAUCAUAGCCCACCCACACAUGGUGUGGCGCAUAUAUAUUUGGUGCCCUCUUGUUCCAAUAUUUAUGUGUUGAAAUAAAUAAAUAUCCUCACAUUCUACUUUGAGAGUAACUGUAACUGAAGUCGUUUAUCAAGUAAAGAUAACUUCCAAAUAGCUAUAGAUUUUUAAAAUUAAUAUUUUUUAUGCGAGUAAAUAAAACGUCUGGUUAAUAGUGAUAUUCAAUCGCCUUUUUAAUUCUGUCAUCUUUAUCUUUUCAUAUUUAAAAAAAGAUGUACAAUAAUAGCGUCGGCAUCCAUAAGCUUGUUAGUCAGUGGAAAAUUUUAAUAUAAUAACAAUGUGCCGAACGCAAAUUUUAUUCAAAAAGAAUUUUCACAAAAAAUAGUUGUUUAAAUAUUUCGUGCUCAAAAUUUAUUGAACGCUGAAGUGUUACAAAUAAUAAAUAUAAGAUGAAGCGAUCAAAAUACUCAUAAAACUUUGUAAUAGUAUUUUCUCACUCGACGUUCUUAACAGUUCAUUUGAUUUUUUUUCCAAAACCUGUUGUGUAAUUAUUUCCCUGAUAUAUAUGAUAUUUCCAUGGUGGUUUAGCCAAGAUCAGUUUGUGAUUUAAAAUGAAAAUUCUAUAACCUCUACUAAUCCUCUAUACUAAUAAUAUAUGAUAUUUAUUCUUUUCAAUCCAUUUGGUGCUCCCCACUGUCUACUGUAAAGCAGUUGGUUAGUGAAUACUAGUUAUGAAUAUCUUAUCUAUUCACUUUAAUAUUUGGCGGUAACUUAUUUAUGGCACACUAUUAUGCAUUAUUUUCUACUUGUUUGAUAUUCACACAUUAUUUAUUUAUUAACCGAACUGCACCUAUAUUGAUUGGUACCUUAGUAGUUAAAGCACUCAACUUCCAAGCAGUGGGUCGUAUGUUUGAAUCUUUCUCCAUCUAUCUUGAUUUUGGUAUCUGGGCAGUAUCACUCGUCUUCACAUAAGAGGAUAUGACCCAAAACCGAUCAUAUAAAUUCGAACUUGAGGUAUGAGUUACAUUAUAGUAAUCUGUGUUCAAUGGUGAUCUAACAUCGAUCUAUUCGUGAUCCCAGUCAAAAAUCCGUGUUCUAUUAAAUUCUAUAGAUUUACUUGUGUGAAAUCAACUGUUUCCUAGCUUUUAAAAAUGCUUGUUUAAACGAAAAUUGUAAUGUAUUCAAUUUUCUCAUAUCACACAACAAAAACGAUGUGUGAGCCUUGAGUGUAGUAAAUUAUUGGAUAACUCUUUUAAGAUAACACUCGUAAUCUUGACAACAAAUAUUUUGCAACUUUAAAUACUCUAUUACUUUCUAGAGAUAUAGUCUCUUAGUGAUUUAAUUAUCUAAUAUCUAUAUUAAGUGUAAAGCAAAAAAGGACUCCAUUAAUAGCUUCAUCAAGAUAUUCUAGUGUAGCCUUAUUUUACAAGCGAAUUUCAAGAAUGAAUGGCAUGUUGCAUCACAUGAAAAACUGAAGAAACACCUUGGCAUAUAUAUAUAUAUAUAUAUAUAUAUAUAUAUAUAUAUAUAUAUAUAUAUAUAUAUAUAUAUGACAAUUUACUAAGACUAAAUACAUUUGCUUUCACGAGAAACACAACUAGAAUUCACGAAUGUCACUUUUUUAUCCUAUAUUUCCUUUUCCUAUGGCAUUGUUUACCAAAGGUUUAUAAUGAGAAACAACUUUUAAAUUUUCACUACAGUUGUCAAAUUCUAUUUUCCAUAUUUCACUAACAUUCCUUUUACCUGUCAUUUUAAGUUUAAAUACAGUGAAAUUAAGUGGAAACUGGGAUUAAAAUGCUUAAGUUAAUAUCGACCAAAAACAUUGAUAAUAAGUUUAUGUAAACUAUUUAUCAGUUAUUAUUUCGUGGUCUUGUCUUUGUGUUACAAUCUAAGUGUGAAGGCUAAUAGUAAUAUUACUCGGUUACUCAAACCAAAGUCGAAUGUCUUGGGCAAUGAGCCACCGCUUGGCAAUUGGUUGGUGUUAGAAUUGAUUUCAUUUACUGCUGGUGCUUAUCGUCAUUGAAAGUACAUAUGUCUGUCACGUGAGUAAUUGUAAAAUCAUCCAAUACAAGUAUAAAUACAUGUUUAAGACAUUGUUUAACUAAUAAUUGACUAUAAUAGUAAAUGAAUUCGUGAAAUUUUUAUGAAUUAAUUUAAAAAUUCUUAAAUUAGUAAAGUUAUUCUUCCUUUGAACUUGAUAUGACGGGAUAAGAUGAAAUUAUUUAGGUUAGUAUUUUUUGUCAAUUCUUUAUACAUUUUGGCCAGGGUCACAGUUAUGAACGUCAUUCACUGUGACAAUUAUAUCCGCUCUAUCGAUUCAGGUGAACUGCAUUCGAUGUUUAUUUCUAUAGUCCUAUAUAUAGCUCUUAUAAUGUGUGAAAAUUUGUAUGCAAGUGAUUGUAUUUUGGUGUAAUAACAACAUGAUUUGGGGACUUGUUUUUGCAGUAAAUAAAUUUUCAAUGCACCAGUCUUUUGUGUUCUUACUUUGCGUCGUGGGAAUUGCAGUGAUUCCUGUCUUAAAGUAUAUGGAGUAGAACCGAGGAAUUGUAGUGGUUUCCGUUUUUAAUGUACAAGCAGUAAGGCUGCGAAUCUAAUAGAGUCUAAAUGUAUAUAACAGCGACGACACGGUAAACAUAAUAGAAGGGUCCUCCGAAGAUAUAACAGUGGCGGCGAAUUAGAGUUAACAGGACUAGUCAUGACAAAAGAAUAUGUUUAUGUCUUCAUGUCUGCAAUGUUACGUAAAUAAUUCGACUCUGCAUUUGAUUUUUUACAUGACUUUACGUUCAAAUCAAUCAAUCUCACAAAGUAACAUUAUAAUUUCAGUGAUCUGAGAAAACUGUACUAUUGAAAGUUCAUAAUCAAGUUUACUCUUACACUAGCAAUGAUAUUUUUGAGAAAAAAACGGUCGACAAACUACUUACAAUACUGAAAAAGACAAUCACUGAAUGAAAGUCCUGACCAUAUGAUUCUUCUAGAAGAGAUUACUUUCACUUGCUCAACAGUUGGAGUAUUUUAAUUAAUAUAGUCAAUUUCGGCAAAAAACUAAGGUCAUCUGACAUAACUAUUUGCUAUCUACGAAAUUAUUACUUGAUAUACUUGUUUUGUGGUGUAAUGGACCCAGUAAAAGAACUUAUUCAAGACGUAUCAAUACACAAAAUUAAUAAUAAUAUACUUAGAAAUAUAAUACUAUAAACCGAAAUGACUGUCUAUGAAUAAAAAUAGGUAACGAAUAGCACUCA